GUACGAUGGCUGAAGAGACAGCACCAGGGGUCCGAGCGAGGCGGCAAGGCGCUCUCUAUACCCUUUUCCCUGACCAUUCAGUAAUAAAGCAGUUAGACCAGUUGGACAUCUCCAAUGGUCUGGACUGGUCCCUGGACCACAAGACCUUCUUUCACAUCGACAGCCUGUCAUACGCUGUCCAUGCCUUCAACUAUGAUGUGCACACUGGAAAGAUUGCCUGCCCCAAACUGUUGUACCAUCUAGAAAAGGAGGAGCAAAUGCCCGACGGGAUGUGCAUAGAUGCAGAAGGGAAGCUCUGGGUGGCCUGUAUUGAUGGUGGCAGAGUCAUUCGUAUAGACCCAGAGACGGGAAAAAGAAUCCAAACUGUGAGGCUGCCCACACCGAGGAUCACCUCUUGCUGCUUUGGUGGAAAAGACUACUCAGAAAUGUACGUGACAUCUGCAUAUGAUGGACUGGAUGAGGCCACCUUAGCCAAGGAACCUCAUGCCGGAGAGAUUUUCAAGAUAACAGGCCUGGGUGUGAAAGGGAUCCCACAGAAUUUCUAUGCUGCUUGAACAUUGACACUACAUGACAAAGAAGAAAUGCUUGCAUCUUGUAGUAACUCUGACCAGGAGAAGUGAAAUUAACUACAGAAUUUAUCUGUGUGAGGAUUUCUAAGCCCACACUUGAGAGUGUGCUUGUUUGGAAUUGAAGAUAUUUCUGUGGGCUCAUGUCUUGAUGCAAUAGGUUAGAGAGGUAAAGUUAAUGCGUUGCACCUUGAUAGCUUUUGUGACUUACCAUGAAGCUCUUCAAGCUCAAGCUUAGUUUUGUUGAACUUUCUGAUGACCAGCUCUGGAUUUUCAAGUCUGUUCAGUUCCUGAAGCAGAAUCUGACUCCUCAUGUUACAGUGAUGUACCAACAAUGAUCUGGCAGAUUUUAAUAAACAUUUUAAGAGUGAUGACUUGAA